GCUUUGUUUUUGUUGUUGUUGUAAUGCAUUGUUUUGUUGUUGGUUAAUGAAUUUCAAGAUUUCCUGAAGUAAAAGUACAGAAAUAUUAUUAUUGAAGACUAUUUCAAUAUUUUGAAACAUAAGACGUUCGUGAAAUAUAUUUCCACUAAUAUUUCAAACAUAUAGAGCAUUUGGCCUCAAAGCUGGAAAAUCUUGCAAUGGCCCAUUCCGGAGUGGUCCCGGCAGGCAAACGAAAAGAAAUUUACAAAUAUAUCGCCCCAUGGCCCCUUUACAGCAUGAACUGGUCAGUCAGACCAGACAAAAGGUUCCGUUUAGCCUUGGGAAGCUUUGUGGAAGAAUACAACAACAAGGUACAGGUGGUUUCCCUAGAUGAAGAAAGCAGUGAGUUCACAGCCAAAAGUACAUUUGAUCAUCCAUAUCCAACUACCAAAAUCAUGUGGAUUCCUGAUAGCAAGGGUAUCUUUCCUGAUUUGCUGGCUACCAGUGGAGAUUAUUUGAGAGUUUGGAGGGCAGGAGAACCAGACACUAGGUUGGAAUGUGUUCUGAAUAACAAUAAAAAUUCAGAUUUUUGUGCCCCUCUCACCAGUUUUGAUUGGAAUGAAGUUGAUCCCAAUUUGGUUGGAACCUCAUCUAUUGACACAACUUGUACCAUAUGGGGAUUAGAAACUGGACAGGUUAUGGGCCGUGUGAAUUUGGUAUCUGGCCAUGUAAAGACUCAACUGAUAGCUCAUGACAAGGAGGUGUAUGACAUAGCCUUUUCACGAGCAGGAGGUGGAAGAGACAUGUUUGCUUCUGUAGGAGCAGAUGGUUCUGUUAGAAUGUUUGAUUUGAGGCACCUGGAGCACUCCACCAUCAUUUAUGAAGAUCCCUCUCAUACACCCCUCUUGAGGCUAGCUUGGAACAAACAAGAUCCCAAUUAUUUGGCCACAAUUGCCAUGGAUGCUUGUGAGGCGAUAAUCGGCGGUAUGUCUCUGACCACGCAGGUGAUCAUCCUGGACGUCCGCGUGCCGUGCACUCCCGUCGCCCGCCUCAACAACCACCGCGCAUGCGUGAACGGCAUCGCGUGGGCGCCCCACUCCAGCUGCCACAUCUGCACCGCAGGCGACGACCAUCAGGCGCUCAUCUGGGACAUCCAGCAGAUGCCCAGAGCCAUAGAAGAUCCCAUCCUGGCGUAUACGGCUGCAGAAGGGGAGGUCAAUCAGAUCCAGUGGGGCGCCACGCAGCCCGACUGGAUCGCCAUCUGCUACAACAAGGCGUUGGAGAUUUUGCGCGUGUAG